UCCUUCGCUCCCCCUCCCCCCACGCGCAUGCGCAGUUCGCAUAACGGCGGGCGAGCACUUGAGGAGGCAACCAUGGCGAGCAUAGAGGACAUGUACAAGAACUACGGCAUCUUGGCCGACGCGAAGGACAAGGUGGUCGAGCACAAGGAUGCUUACCAGGCUAUCCUAGAUGGCGUGAAAGGUGGCCCCAAGGAGAAGCGGCUGGCAGCGCAGUUCAUUCCCAAGUUCUUCAAGCACUUCGCGGACCUGGCCGAGAAUGCCAUCAACGCACAACUCGACCUGUGCGAAGACGAGGACGUCUCGAUUCGCCGCCAGGCCAUCAAAGAGCUGCCACAGUUUGCGACGGGAGAGAACCUGCCUAGGAUAGCAGAUGUACUCACGCAGCUGCUGCAGUCCGACGACCAGACCGAAUUCACGCUGGUGAACAAUGCUCUGCUGAGCAUAUUCAAGGUUGACGCCAAAGGGACGCUGGGAGGGCUCUUCACACAGAUUCUGCAGGGAGAGGAUGUGGUGCGGGAGAGGGCUAUCAAGUUCCUCUCAACGCGCCUCAAGACCCAACCCGAGGAGGUGCUCACCAAGGAGGUGGAGGAGUACAUCAUGGUGGAGUGCAAGAAGGUGCUUGAAGAUGUGACGGGCGAGGAGUUCAUGUCCUUCAUGCGUCUCCUCUCCGGCCUCAAGUCGCUGCAGUCCGUGAGCGGGCGGCAGCAGCUGGUGGCCCUGGUGGUUGACCAGGCCGACCUGGAGCAGGAGUUCAACCCGGCGGAUCCGGACGCCGUUGAUCGGCUUCUGCAGUGCACCAGACAGGCGCUGCCGCUGUUUUCCAAAAACGUGCACUCCACACCGUUCGUCACGUACUUCUGCCAGCGCGUCCUCCCAAACCUGAGCCUCCUGCCAGGAGAGGAAAGUAGCAACACGCAACUCGAGGUUUUGAAACUGCUGGCUGAGAUGUCUCUGUUCUACGGCGUCGACAACGAAAAGCUGGAGAGCAACGUGAAGGAGAUAUUCACCAAGCUCCUCGAGUACAUGCCGCCGCCGCCGGAGGAGACGGAGAACGGCGACGGCCCGGCGGUGACUGCAACGCCAGCGGCUGCGGCGGAGGCGGCGGCGCCGGCGGCGGGCGCAGCGGCGGCGGCAACGGUGGCAGUGGCGGCAGCCGGGGCCUCCGAGGAGCCGAAGCUGCAGUUCAGCAUGGUGGAGUGCCUGAUGCACACGUUCCACCAGCUGGCGCGCCGCACGCCGGCGUUCCUCACCGACGCCGGCAGCGCCGAGCGGCUCAAGGACUUCAAGCUGCGGUUGCAGUAUUUUGCCCGAGGUUCCCAGGUCUACAUUAAGCAGCUGAGGUCUGCGCUGCAGGGCAAGACGGGCGAUACUCUCAAGACACAGGAGAACAAAAUAAAGGUGGUGGCGCUAAAGAUAACGAACAACAUCAACAUCCUCAUCAAGGACCUCUUCCACAACCCCCCGUCCUACAAGAGCGCCAUCACGCUGUCGUGGAAGCCGGUGCAGAAGGCCGUUGCCGCCGCCGCCGCCACCGCUGCCUCCGUGGCGCCGGCGGCCGAAGUUGGGCAAAAGCGCCGGUCUCUGGGCGAAGAGGACACUGCGGCCAAGAGACUGGUGGGCCCCAGGAGGGACGAGCGACAAACGUACCGCCCUCCCAGCGGCAAGUACAGCGGAAACAUGACGAGCUACAGCUCCUACGCAGACCGUGGUCGAGGAGGGUUCCGGGGAAGGGCCAGAGGUCGAGGUCGUGUGACCUAUUGACCUCUUCACCCCCCACAACCACCCAGUCAAGGCGAGCACGGGCAGCCCGCAACGACCCCGCGAUGACCCCCCCCCCCCCGCGUUUUUAUACGCCAACUGACGGACGAAGGACGGUCCCGUUCCUCGCCCCGCUCCACCGAUCGCCCAUCAUCACGACCGCCAACUGCAGCGCUAUCCUGCACGGCGCGUGAUCACACACCCGACCUCUUCACUCUCAACCUUCCAACCAGACCCCGGGGCAAUUGUAAUUAGAUCUACAGCAUUGUCGUAAGCUGAAACAGCAAUUACACUGAUUGCAGUUCAUUAUGAAUGACCCAAAGUCUUGCUCCUAACCCCGAAACCCCCCCCCCCCCCCAACCUUAAUCCAAACCCCGACCUGAACCCAAACCCACGACCCUAUCUACGACUCUAACCAUAGUGCCCCCAAAACCCUAACCUCUGGAUCACACAGUCGCUCGUAAUUUCAUUGUUUUAUACGUGAGUGUGUUCAACUGCAGAAUGGCCUUUUCCACGCUCCUGAGUCAGUGUUUUACAUGAACGAGGCAGAAGCUCUCACUCCGCUGGGCAUCGCCAUCGCCCCAUCACGUGGCCGCAUCGCCGUUAGCCCCAUCACCGUGAGCGUCAACACCUUGGGCACCAGCACGGGUAAAUGGCCCAUCAAUCGGUAGCACAGCCCCCGCCCGGCCGCCCCCCCCCUGUAGUGACAAUUAUUAUUUCUGCUUGUAGGUUUGACGAGCGUAACUAAAUUGUGCGUUUGACGGUCAAGCGUGUGUGUGUGUCCACCCCGAUGGAGACGCAAGUCUUCGGCCCGGGUGGUCGUUCUCACCCACGCCAGAGGGUGGGAUGUGGGGGGUGCGCCGCUGCCACCGCCGCCGCGUUUGCUCCCCUACGUAGCAGCAGACGAAGCGGCGGUGACGGUGGAUUUGGUAGGAACGGCUUCUAGUUGAGGUACGGUGCCAACCCAGGACUUGUACGAUUCGUCUAUUAAAAGGAACGUUCUAGUACGCUCGCGAUACCCGUGUCCGGUCGCACGCGCGAGAAAGAGGCGGUUGUUUACGAUUUGCUAAUUUGUUGUGGGGCUGAGUGGACGGGAAAGAGAAUGUGGCGGGUUGGCACGUCGCGUUCUGAACCCAGCGAGCUGAAAAGUGUUUAACGUUCACGGCUAACAUCGGUGGCGAUUGAUAUGUGAACCGAUCCUGGCUCGCCAACGUGCGGUUGAAUAGCUCCGUGACGAUAAUUGACGCGGAUGAAACGGAACAUCUGAGAUGGCCAGGAGAAACCCGGACGGUACAAAUGAGUAUUUUUAAAGAGAUCAAUCUAUUCUGGAAUUAAAGCGCAGUCCCCGCACCGUGACCGUUCUCAUCGAAUCGCCGGCGGGGCGAAUCGUUAACCGCGUCUCGUGCACGACACCUUGUCGAGGUGAGGCUGGCGUCGCCGUGCCACUCCGUUAGCUUAUAAAGGUCAUCGAGAGGCUGUUGAUGGGCAACCACUGCAGAGUGACAACCACAUCGCGUGCGACGACCGCUCCCGAGCCAGGUGGAGGGGGUUGGGAUACGUAGAGAUGCGUGCACCACCACAAUCACGCGCGUUGCGUUUAGUUGGAGCUACAGAUGAGCACGAUCGCUCUUCACAAGCCCCCUUGACGGUCGCCGCCAUCGCCAACGUCGGUAUCCAUUUGCCGCGAGUAACACUGCUUCGUGAAUCAUGCUGUGAAGGCCAAUGCCUCGGCUAGUUUAUUCGGUACAGGAGGAAAUUAAAUCGGGAGGAUACGCGAUCAAAAGGCGCAACGCCAUUGUAAGAUGAGCUACAAUGGGGGAUUUUAUGAGUAGAGGGGUCACCUCAUUGGCGUGGCGUGGUGGACAUGGUCCUGAGCGCAAGGAAAUGCAUAGCGCCCCCUGGCCCUGUCGCUCAUCCCUUGAUUCAGCCUGGGAUCUGUGGGCCUCUGUUGCAGUCGCACCGCCUACGUCCUCGAUGGCCAAGCUACGGAAGUAGCCACAACGAAAAAUCUUGCUAGGAAAAGUAAACGCGUGGAGGUGUACUCGUCGGCAGCGGGGAAGAGGGUUUCUGCCGUUCAAUCUCUGCAAAAGCACACGCCCGGUUUUAUUUUGGUUAGCGACCGAUUUUUUUGCUUGUUCUCAGAGGCUGUGCGCGCGGUUACUCGGCAGUGGUGCAGCAGUAGUAAGUGGUGGGGGGGGGGGGACACUUUCGAGUGUGGAUUUUACUUGCGAUGUCGUGUGUAGUUUGUUCAUUGAAGCUACCAAAAUCCCAUGGUUUGGCCCGGGAUGCUGCGGGGUGAAAUUUUAUUUUUUCCCCCUCCAGAAAGUCAAGUCGCCCAGAAUUUAUCCCUUUUAUUUUACGUUUCUGGCUGGUCUCACCUGUUGACAAAGAGGGCGGCGCUUACCUGUGGGAGUGGCUAACUGAGUAGGUGGGCGGGGCCACGGAGGAGCUUGCAGUAGAGUUGGCGUGGCUAGGGGAGCUACCGGCAUCGCUCGCAACGUCCUGGGCCCGAGCAUCUUGAGAAAUUUGGUAGCCGUUAAAAAAAGUUUUGAGCCGAGGCGUAUAUAUUACCUUACGUGUUUGCAUGAUCGUUUUAUAGAAGAGUUUGCAUUUUGGUAACUGCAUUCCAGAUUCUUUUUUUUUCCCCCUUCCCGCAGUUUAAGCAGGUGUAACAUUUUGACAAAUAAACAGUUUCCUUGGAACGUUGUCGA